AUGCAAAGACGUUUGGAGUGCGUCCGCAAAAAGUAUGUGGAGAAGCGCGAGAAGAGCAUUGUGUUUGGCAAGAAUUCGAUGUGGGCUGAUGUUGAGGGGGAUGAAGCCACGUUUGAUAAGAGAAUCAAAGGAGAUCAUUGCCUUCUAUGGGAGCAAUGGUGUGGCCUCGUUCAGCGUGGCAGGCCUGAGACUUUGGUUCUUGCUCGUCUCCAACCUCCUCUCACCAUACCCCGUGCUCCUGGCCCAGGACCUAUCACUAAGAAAGAUUGGAAGCCUCUUGCCCAGAAGCAUCUUGCCAACAGGAAAAUCAUCUUCCACACGGAUUCCGCCAAGGCGUACAAGCUCAAGCUUCCUGGAGUGAUUCACGAUGUUGUCAGCCACAAGCUUCCUGAUGGUAAACAUCUGAAAGUGAAGGCUGGCACUCAGCACAUUGACUGGUGCUGGAAGUUCCUGAAGGAACGCCUGUCUGAAGGACCGGGCUGCCGGGCUGGCAUGGCAAGGCUUCGGCGCAAAAUUCGGGCAACCCAGUAUGAGUACUGGCACCGGGGCAAUGACCUAUGGUCAUGCACUGGGGACCUGCUGCACGACUAUAUGUCAGACAUCAUGGCGAAGCCUUAG